AUGGCGGACGACGGCCAGUGUAACGAGACUCUGACACUAACAGCAGACAUUGUGCCUAAUUACGUCACUUCCCCCGGAUAUGACAAUGACAGACUAUAUUCUGGAGACUUGACCUGUUGGUGGCAGAUAGAAGCGGCGCCUGACACCAGCCUCGUUUUCAGUUUAACGAUCAGCCAGAUUCCUUGUUCACUGGGAGACUAUGUCAAACUGUUCCUAAACAACAAGACUGAUGUUCUGAAUGAUAAUGAGAUUUGCGGGAGAGGUCGAUCCUUUGGACCAAUGAGUUUUGAGAAUUCAUCUGCCUUAGUCAUCGAGUUUGUCUCAAAAUCAUCAAGAAGAAUGGUUUCGUCUAAGAAAGGCUUUCGUCUUCAAUACCUUUCCGCCACAGAACAGACUGCUGGCGGCUGUCAACAAAAGCAGGUAUUAAUGGCAGAUGACACACCUCGAUAUAUUUCAUCACCAAGAUUCCCGGAUUUCUAUCCACCGAAUGCAACAUGCGAAUGGGAAAUCAAGGCGCCUACCGGAUAUGACAUCAAUAUUUUGAUUUUGUUCAUAGAUAUUGAAAGUGGAAACUUGUGCUCCUUCGACUAUCUAGGUUUCAAUCAAGGUUCCACGUCAAAAACGAAUCUUCUUUGUAGUGAAAACAGUUUUAGCUUCGGGAAUGUUCAGGGGAAUAACUUCAUCGUGUCCUUCAGCAGCGAUGGUUCGGAGAACGGACAUGGUUUCUUGUUGCGCUACAAGUCGACAGAAGCAACCCCCAAAAAUUGCACCCAAAGUAAGGCAGAUGUUGUUUUUCUGUUGGAUUCCUCCGGAAGUGUGGGAGAGACGAACUUCGCCUUCUUGACCGCCUUCAUCAGUGAUCUCAUUUCCGAUUUCAACAUUGGUCAGGAAUUUAUUCAAGUUGGUUUGGUCACCUACGAAACCAAUGUGACAAACCAAUUUGAUCUGAAUCAAUUUGCCACAAAGGAGGAACUGAUAAACGCAACAAACCACGUAUCUUACAAAGGGGGGUGGACAUACACUGACCGGGGGCUCAAUUACACACUAAGACACAGCUUCACGGAGGAACACGGCGCUAGGCCGGACACUACCCGCGUCCUCCUAGUCUUCACCGACGGCGUUUCUAAUUACCCAUAUUCUACUCGAGCGGUGGCGGAAGAAGUGAAGAAUACAGAUACCACCAUUAUUUCUGUCGGGAUAGAGUCGGGAGUUGACUCGCCGGAGCUUUUCGCUAUCGCCUCUCAAGAGGAGUUUGUUUUUCGGGCCACCUCGUUCACCGAUCUUGAGACAAUCAAGUACUCAUUAGAAAACAUCAUUUGUAAGAUUAUCAGUUCUAAAAACUCUAUCACUACGUCUGCUUUUCCUCCGCUAAUUUCACCGUCUCUACUCAUUUCAAAUACGUCUUUAAGCAGCACGGUAGAGGCGGCGAAUACUCAAAGCACUACAGAACUGUUGUUCUCAUCAUCAACCACCGAGAAUGACUCUACAGCAAGCAAUACGUCAUCAACUACUCCUUUGUCGACUACUGGAACAGGUUCAAUACUGACCGGAAGUACGGAUAGAAUUACCUCCCCUUUUGACAUCGCGUCCUUUAGUACACAGUCAGAUGAAUCAUCUACCACCUCUUUUUCAACAACACAAAAGUCGACAGAAGAAACCUUUUCCCAAGGGCUGUCAACAACACAUAAAUCAACCAAACAAACUUCAUCCCAAGGGCUGUCAACAACACAGAAAUGGACACAACAAACCUCUUCCGAAGGGCUGUCAACAAUUGGAACUACGACAGGCAUCUUGGAGGUUUUUCUACAAAGCCGGGACAUGGUUGCCAUCAUUACCGUGUGCACAGUCUUUUUCUUCCUUUCUGUGACUUCCUGUUGCAUUUUGUUGGGACUGUGUAUAAGGAGGAGGCGACGAAACAAGAAAAACCCGCCUAAACCGACCAAGGACCAUGAGCAAUUUCUUAGAGACUUAGAUAUGGAUUACUCCAUUCCAAUUCCUGUCGUACAAGCUAGAGCAGAUAAUGUACAUGUGCAUUAUCACGUUAGGAUGCCAUGGUCUGGCCCCCUAUUUACUAUAGAUGGGAGUAGAACAUGGCAACCCCUCUAAUUUCAAUACUCAUUAAAACUGCUUCAAACUCAGGGACGUAAUGGCGUGACCUUUCUUUGCACCGAUCAGUUUUUAAGUAAUGCACAUGUAUAUCAUUUUGCAUCAUUGAAUUACUACAUGUACCGAAUAUAUAACCAAGUUCUAUCAAAUAAUGCAAAUAAUUAUAACAGAGUUUGGAAAUGAUGUGAUGUUUUAAAAGAUCUGACAUUAAUAAUUAUUUUGCCUUUGGUUCCCAGUCACCUGCAUUCACAAUUAUCCAAACAAGCACGGCAGAUUUUUCAUUAAAUGAGCGAUUCAGUCGUUAUGUUAAAAUGACUGUGUGGUAGAGGAAUUCAAUACGUGUCAAAGCUUACUUAUCCAUCUCUAAUAUGACACUAAUCUGAUAGUGGGAAUCCACGUGAUCGUCGAUUACCCGCGGAGAUAGAAGUAUCGCACUAAGAGUGGAACGGAAGAAAAUCACGACAGACACUUGGCGAUGUACGAGUAAUCCAGAAGUUUUCCGAUACACCGAUGCUAACAGUUUGAUUGAAAAUGGGAGACCUUCUUAUAUGAGGAAGAGUUGUGAGCACGGUUCAAUUAUACAACAGUAGUGGCAUUUCAUAAGAAGAAUGUAUGCCACUAAAAGAUUACCUUUAUUGUUUUACGUUGGACCAAUGUAACGUAGCGUGCCAACAUUGCACAUUGCCUUAGUAAAUAAAAACAUGUUCCAAUCUUGCA